AUGAAGGUAAAAGUAUUCAAAUCGAAAGGCGCCGACCGUAAGCACAAGACAGACCGGGAACGGCUGGCCCGGCAACCGGACAGCACCCUAUACUACCAGCCCUCAUACGAUUGUACACUAUUCACCAUAUUCAACGAGGACGACGUUUACAUACCGACAUCUAGCUCGCCGACCACCACCGACACCGAACAACACCAGCAGCACCAGGUGUCCAGUUAUACCGGGGGUACCGGUGCUGGUGGUUGUGGUGGUGGGGCUGUGUCCACGAGUUUGUGUAAUGAUAGCUCAUCCCAAUCGUCAACAUUGCAGCACAAUAUGGCCACCUCUUCGUCCAUUAUCACCACAGCCUCAUCCUCUUCGGGCUACCUGUCUUCGCACCCAUCGGACGACAGCCUACCAUCGCUGGUCACAUCUGGCGUGAAAACAGCUCUGCCAUCGGACGCCACGCCAACCGAGACCUACGAGUGGCUGAACCGGAAUCGCUUCCACCGUUUGACAGAUGUGUUGAUGAACUUCUCGGCCGAAGACCUGCGGCGCCUCUCGCGCGACGACUUG